AUGAACAUGAUCUUCCUUCUCGCCGUUAGUAUCGGCAUCUCCAUAUGCACCGCCCUCGCUAUCUAUCGACUAUUCUUCAGCCCGCUGGCAGGGAUUCCCGGCCCCAAAAUUGCGGCCAUUACCGCUUGGUAUGAGUUUUACUGGGACUGUGUGCAGCAGGGCCACUAUUUGUUCAAAAUUGGGCAAAUGCACCAAAAAUAUGGCCCCAUCGUACGCAUCAAUCCCUGGGAAGUCCACAUCCAAGACCCAUCCUACUGGGAUACUAUCUAUACCAACAACAAAAUCGACAAGGAUGCCUGGUUCUAUCGCGCCUUUGGCGAUAAUAGAGGUACCGUCGGCACUGGUCCAUGGGACCUUCACCGCCGCCGUCGCGCGGCCAUGGCCAAAUUCUUUUCGGCCGCCAACGUCGCCCGCUUAGAGCCCAAAGUGCUCGCUCGAGUACAGAAAUUACUCGAUCGCGUGGAGGAAGGUCGUCAAUGUCUUCGUAGCGGGGACUUUGCGGUUCUGCCUAUAUCGCAUGCAUUUCGCUGCUUUGCGACAGAUGUGAUUUCGGAUUAUGCUGCCCCGCAUACGAGAGACUUUUUGAGUACGCCGGAUUUCUCGGCGACAUUCAAUCAAGUUCUGAGAGAUUUUUCUGAGAUUAUGCUCUGGCAUAGACAUUUUCCGGUUGUGUUUCCCAUCUUGGGCGCCAUGCCGCGCUGGUUGAUAUCCAUGAUGGAUCCGACGGGGGCUCAGAUUGCGGUGUUGGAUAAUCAAGCUAGUCUGCUUAAACAAGCACAAACCGUUAUAGCCACAAAGGGAAAUCCACCUGAAAAGUCGUUACCUACUGUCUUGGAUGCCAUAUAUACAUCCGACGUGAUCGGACCUGAAGAAAAGACUCUACCACGGAUGAUGGCAGAGACACAGGCUCUUCUCGGUGCCGGCACCGAGACAACCGGCAACACCUUAUCAAAUUUUGUCUAUCACGUACUAUCCAACAAAUCAAUACUAGACAAACUGAUGACAGAGCUGGAAGAAGCAUCACCCAAAUCGCAAUCAUCCGAUUUGCUCGACUCUAGAACUCUGGAGAAACUCCCAUAUUUACAGGCAUGUAUCAGGGAAGCCCUCCGUCUGGGAAUGGGAGUCGUCGGACGUCUCCCUCGCAUCAACCCUAUCGCACCAAUGACCUACGCAACACCGUCCCCCUCAGAAUCAACACCACCAAAGACAUACACCUUCCCACCUGGAACCGUCCUGUCAAUGUCCAUAAUCGACAUGCAUCUAAACAGCGACAUUUUUCCGGACCCUCGCACCUUCCGACCCGAACGCUGGAUCGAUUCCCCCGAACCCCAUCUCCGACAAAUGGAAAAAUGCUUCGUACCGUUUGGUAAAGGCACGAGGGGUUGUCUGGGUAUUGAAUUAGCCAAAGAAGAACUUACGCUUAUGACGGGGAAUCUGUUUCGACGAUUUGGAAGACAUAUGGAGUUGUUUGGUACGUCGGGGAGGGAUGUCAGUAUUGUGCAUGAUUAUUUUGCGCCGUUUGGGCCGAAGGAUAGUAAAGGCGUUAGGGUCGUUGUGCGUUGAUGUUUAA